GGUUUUUCAAUACCACCCUUAUUUGUUUUUGCAUCUGGGAACCUACCUCAUAGUCUGGGAUUUGUUGGUCUGGUCGAUGGGUGCCUUGGAUGAGGGGCAUUUCAAUGUGGAACUUGAGAAUGGAAUGAAAAUUGAUUGCCUUGAGCUCGAGUUUGAACACCAAACUGAAACUUUAGCUAUUGAGAAUGCUGUGAGUGUUCUAUUACAAGGCCUUGGUGAGAAUAUCCAUAGAGAAGGUCUUAAGAAGACCCCACUUCGUGUUGCCAAGGCUCUUCUUUAUGGCACCAAAGGUUAUAAACAGAGUGCAGAGGAUAUUGUUCACGGUGCGUUAUUCCCUGAAGCUGGUUUGAAUGAUGCAGUAGGUCAUGCUGGAGGAGCUGGAGGGCUUGUACUUGUUCGAGAUCUCGACCUGUUCUCGUAUUGUGAGUCUUGCUUGCUUCCGUUUCAAUUCAAAUGCCAUGUCGGUUAUGUCCCAUCUGGCCAGAGGGUUGUAGGAUUAAGCAAGCUCUCCAGAGUUGCUGAUGUCUUUGCAAAACGACUCCAGGACCCACAGCGCUUAGCUGAUGAGAUCUGUCUAGCUCUGCAUCAUGGGAUCAAACCGGCUGGUGUUGCCGUUGUUCUCCAGUGUUCACACAUCCAUUUUCCAAAUUUAGAAUCGUUCCUACUCGACUCCAAUCAUCAGGAAUAUGUAAAAGCACUUGUCCGUUCAGGUUCUGGUGUGUUUGAAAAUGAUAAUUCUGAUAAUUGGAGUGAUUUUUUGAGCCUUCUUAGAUUCAGAGGUGUAGACAUGAAUAAAAUUCCUGUGAAAGGCUCUGAGGUAUGCUGGUGUCCGUCCCAAUCUUCAAGUGCUAAAAUUUCGUCCAAGAUUGGACCACCCAACCCAAGAAUGAUAUCUGCAGUGACAUCAAUUCUCACAUCUUUGGGAGAAGACCCGCUAAGGAAAGAGCUUGUGGGAACUCCUAGUCGGUUUUUGAAGUGGCUGAUGAACUUCCAGAAUACAAAUCUAGAGAUGAAACUUAAUGGCUUUGUGCGCAAUAAGACUAGUCCUUUUAUAGCCGGCUGCGAAGUCGGCCAGAAUAAGGACCAGAUGCACUCUGAGCUCAACCUGUCAUUUUGGUCUCAGUGUGAGCAUCAUUUACUACCCUUCUGCGGAGUUGUGCAUAUCGGGUAUUUCCAAGGCGAAGGAUUCAGCCUCAUUGCAAAAUCUCUUCUGCAGUCAAUUGUGCAUUUUUAUGGUUUCAAGCUCCAAGUGCAAGAAAGACUUACUAGGCAGAUUGCAGAGACUGUUGCAUCAGUUUUAGGUGGAGAUGUGAUGGUUGUUGUGGAGGCUAACCAUACUUGUAUGAUUUCUAGAGGUAUUGAAAAGUUUGGAAGUAGUACAGCUACAUUUGCUGUACUUGGUCGAUUUGCUGCAGAUUCUAAAGCAAGGGCCAUGUUUUUGCAGAGCAUUCCGAAUUCUGCAGCUUCUGGAGGAUCAUAAACAUGCCAAAUUGUUUAAUUCGUGUAAUGACGGAAGUUCAUUACUACGGAUUGUUUAAUGGAUGCCCGGAAUGCGUUGUGGUUUGUUGAUUCCAGAUUUUGUGUUGGAGUGGUGACAAUAAAGAUGGUACGAUGAUCUGUAUCCAGAAGUUUUAUUUUGCUUUCUGUAUUAGUUCAUUACUGCUUUAUCAAUGCAGUUCUCCCCUAUAGUAACUUUAUUUUAUAGAAAUUUAUACCAUUUUGUCAAAAUGAAAGUUAAGGAACACAAAAAUCUUAUUCCUCUUCCCCCAUUUGAAAUCUGGGACUUGCAAGUUAGCAAGAAAUGUAUUGUAACUCUUGAUCUUUGAAUACCUUAUCGAGCAUCGAUGAAGAAAGUCGGUCAGCCUUUCAUUUUAA